GUUAACGUGGGUAGAGACACGGGAUGGGCCCGGGCAGAAUGAAGGUGGUGUAAAAGUAACAUCACGUUCGCUCAACCACCAAUGACAAAGCCCGCACAAAGUGGAAGUGAAACAUAUACUUGGAUUUCUAGUCGCGACGCAGUUAGCUCAUCGCCAUUUGUCGGCUCAUCGCCACUUAUUCUUGUUACACACUGUACCAGGAUGGGAAGCGAUUUUUCAAAGGACGACUGCGUUCACAAACCACCAAUGGACGAGCGGAACCUGAAGGUCCUGAAGGAUUACCUGAUCAACUACAACCUUCCCGAUGGGCAUGUGGGUUACAUCAACAUCCUGCUGUACGGUAUGGCAGCGGCUGGGAAAUCCUCCAUCAUCAACACCUUCUUCUCCGCUCUGGAUCCAGAUGGAACGACCGUGACAUUAGUCCCGACCGGGACGAAUACCAAGUCUCUCACAUCGGAGCUGAGAACCUACACGUUGGCUAAGUUAAAGUUUUGGGAUACAGCCGGAUGGAAUGCAAUGUUGAAGCCGUGUGUGAAACCGAAAGUGCUUCAUCACAUGAUACUGGAGGGAAGAAUUCCCAUAGGAACAAACCUGCACGAUUUCAAACCGACCUUUCCUGAAGAGUAUCCAGUCAUUCCGGGAAAUGCCAUUCACGGAGUUGCUUUCAUUUUUGACAUGACCACUAUGUACAGCAUCAGUGACGAUAUAAUGUUGCGGUUUCAGGAAUUACAGACCAUCGCAGCACGGAAAUGUGUUCACAGGAUUGUGAUCGGGACCAAGUUUGAAAAGUUUGGGAUAAAGGAGAAGAACCAUGCGUGUAUUUAUGACUACAAGCUCCUGCAGCAGAAGCCCCAUCCUGUCCCUCCUAUGGGACUGCAACUAGCUGUCCGGCAAGAAAAACAGGCAGCAUACUUCAACGAUAAGACAAGCGUCGAACCGGUGCCGUGCCUGGAGCGCCAACAACAGGUGUGGUUUCGUGCCAAACCAACCGAGUGGCAACGUGGCCAGAUUGCACGAAAACACCUGGCCCCUCGGAGUUACUCCACCGACACUGAGUGGUACUGA